GCUUCCAACGCCCAGCGACAAGACUACCCAAUACCCAACAGCCCCAGCUACACCAAAUCCAUGCUCGAGCCCCUCCUCGAAGCCGCGACAAUGCUCUCCAGCCCACCAUCCCAUAACAACGACAAGAAUACAACAGACUACGCAGGCUUCGAGCCACUGCCCUCUCUCCAAACCUCCCCCAGCUCCACAUACUCCCGCCCAUCACCAUCUCCGCCACCAUCGCCGUCUCCCUCCACCCGCCCACCCUGCCACCGCGGCCUCGAAACGCAGAACUCCCAUCUACCACACCCUCUCUGGACUUCGCCGCCAUGCCCACCCUAACUCCCUCCCUCUGUGGAACCCGAGGAAGUCCACCCCGACCCCUGCGUGCCUCCAUAGCAGCACUUCGACGCAUGAACUCGGACGCGGAGAAAAACGGCAAGGAUAAAGCUGGGAGGGGUGAGCGCAGAUAUCUCAGGCUGGGAAGACAGGAUAGCAUUGCGUUGCCCGGGGAGGAGAGUUAUCUCGAUGAGUUGGAUGAUGAAGAGUCGGGACCGUCGGAAGAUGGUGCAACGUUGGAUGAGGAGGAAGGGAGGAGGUUGGUUGGGAGCAGUUUGCUGGAUUGGGAGGAAGAGGCCACGAUGUUGGAGGUGGAGGAGGAGGAGAAGAACGCGAGGGAGGGGAGCGGGAAGGAUGCGGUGGCUGGGGCUACGGAAGCGGGUUCGUCGAGGCAGUCGGAGUCCAGACUCAACAGCACCGCCGACGGUUCCAAAGAGGAGGACUCUCAGGAUAUUGCCACCGUCGGCAACGACAAGAGCGAGUGCUUGACUGAUGCACCCGAGCAGAAUCCACCCACUAAGCCAGACCCCAACCGCAGCUCCAGCAUCUGGGAAGAGGGCGAGAAAUUCUGGCACUCGACACCCCCGCGACCACCCUCCAUCCCCUUCACUUUGCCCAACAAACCCAAAAACCACAACUAUCUCCCUCUCUCCUCCUCGCCACCCUCAGCAUCCAUGUCCUCGUCCCCAACUGCAAAACGCCAACGAGGAAGCACCAGCACAGGGAACGCGAUUGCGGCACCUCCACACAGCCAUCGACCCAGUCUCGGCGUCGGCAACGGAAACGUGAUGGCGAUGGGCACGCCAACGAGGAGGAAGCGCGCCUUUGAAGUCGUCAGGGAUGCCGACGUCGACGACGCGGGAAUUACGAUUUCCCCGACGCAGGUGGAGAAUCACUCACCUACAUGUACGGACAACGUGGGAAGCGAAAGGAUAUUUCGCUUCUCAAAUGAUGAUUUUGCGUCGAGGGCGUAUGAGCAGAGCCCUUCGACAAGGACAAGACGAAGGCGGACGGAAGGACAGAUAAGAAACCAAAGGCAUACCCCUACCACACCUACGUCUUCCCCUAGCGCUACUUCUCGUCGCCUUUCGACUCAUGGUAUCCACUCCUCUUCAACCACCGCCGCAUCCUCAUCCCCCACACGACCCACGACAUCCCACCGCCCGCCCCUCCCGCUCGCCUCCGCCCCUUCGGCGACAUCAUCAGCCACGCGGUACAGGAAGCGCAGCGCCCUCGCCGGCAGGGAAGUAGGGACGCCGAAUGUGGUGAGGAUUAGGGUACAGCCGCCUAGUGGGGGGAGUGGUGCGGGUGGGGACGUGGGCGGGACGCCGGGGAGUUUGUAUGAUGCGGAGGGGUUUUUGAGGGGGUAGUUUUGUUGAUUGUAGGGGUAUUGUAAAGAGAGAAGGGGAGGGAAGGAAGAGAGGGAGAGAGGAGAAGGGUGGAAAGGGAAGGGAAGGG